CAUCCAGUAGCAUUAACCACAGCACUGUCCGGUACCUUUCCGUCCUUUAUCCCGGUGUGAGCUGCCGGAGACAGCCUGACACAAGAGCCAAGACUGAUAUUUUAUCUCAACAAGACGACUAAACAAGCAGGCGGUGCAGCUAGGUGUGCAGCAGGAUGAAUAUUGGAUCCAAAAAUAAGAAGCGGCAGGUCCUGCCCAGCCGUCCUGACCCCCCCACUGUGGACCAGAUCCUGGAGGACAUCAACGGAGCCGCUCCCAACGACCCCGUCUUCAGCAUCCUGGAGCAGACCGGACAAGACUCGCCGCGGCCCUCAGACAGCGAGGUGGAGUCCCGGUUCCAGCAGUGUCGUCAGUAUCUGGAGCUGAACGAGCGGCUGCAGGAGGUGCGGGGUCGGUUGCUGAGGCAGAGGGAGGAGCUGAGAGCGGCGGGCGAGCAGCUGCAGAGUGACGUGGAGGAGGUCAGAGGCCAAACACUCUGACUGUGCACCUCUUCUGUUACAGACUUUCCUCGACCUCUCACUGUAGGACGGCUUACCUGACGGUCUGAGCGCAGAGGGCCGGCUGCCUCAGCUGGAGCAGGUCAAACCUGCCACACUGUCGCUACGUCAGCAGCCACACUGUCGCUACGUCAGCAGCCACUCUGUCGCUACGUCAGCAGCCACACUGUCGCUACGUCAGCAGCCACACUGUCGCUACGUCAGCAGCCACUCUGUCGCUACGUCAGCAGCCACACUGUCGCUACGUCAGCAGCCACUCUGUCGCUACGUCAGCAGCCACACUGUCGCUACGUCAGCAGCCCUAACGUUGACUUCUGAAGCUGAGAAACAGAUUGUUGCUGAAUCAAGCAGGAGGAUAUGUUGGGAUUAUUUCAACAGUAAUUUAAUACAUCUGAAAGUUGAAGGGUCAUUCAGUGUCAUGGCUGACGACUUUCAUUUCUUGGUCGACUACUUAAAGGUAGAAUGUGCAACUUCUUGAUCCAGUAGAUGUCGCCCUUGAGCACCGGCAUGAAACCAAAACAAACUGCUGUUUGGCCACGCCUCCUCCAUACUGAAGCCUCCACUCUCCUCAAAUUGGAAUGUACCAUAAUUAAGCACUAAGCGCAAGCCACAGACAAACUUGUCCUGGUCUCGAGCUGCAUUGUUGUUAGCAUGCUAAUGUUAGCGCUCUUUAGUUAGCUCGUAGCUUCACAUUGUUGUGUUAGCAUGCUAAUGUUAGCGCUCUUUAGUUAGCUCGUAGCUUCACAUUUCAUGUAAACUGACACAGAAUGAGCGUGAUCUAAAAACUCUGACUAACAUCCAAAUAAUCAGUGAGUAUGUUCUUCUUCUUCUCUCUAGUUCUUGACUAAAACAGCUUUUAUACACAAGGGGAGGAGCCGGCCGUCCCGUCCAUGUAAACACGGCUCUGACAACAACACAGCCAGCGGGACUCGAGCUUCUCCCUCAUUGUAGACAGUCAUGACUCAGAGACACAUUUACACAGGACAGACUUUAUGAUUUAUUUAUGUGGAACAUGUUGAACAUUGUUCUUUAAAACUCCCAAACUGUUAUAUGGGUUAUGAAAUGCGGGAAAGCAGACUUAUUCUGAUGUUUCAGAAAGAGUAAGACCAAUCUUUGUUACUUCUGAUUGACAAAGUUGAUUUAAUUCAUCUGUAAUUUCAUUCUGUUUCUUAUCAGAUCAAUUAAAAGUGUUAAGACGAGUUCCGACUCAAAACAAA